CGCCCAGCUGUCUGAGACCUAUGACCCAUCCUGGCACAGUUGCAGAAUUAGCUGAGAUAACUUUCCUGAGUCCUUUACUUCCCAGAAAAGCUAAAAUCAACUUUAUAUUUGUUGGUGGACUCUUCUACUUUUUCUGGUCUGCAUAUUUGCGUUUGCUUGUUUGUUCAUUAUGCUGUCCUGCAGAUGGCUGGAGGACUGAAUGAAGUAGGUAGUGAAUGUCAUUUGGAGGCAGCAGGUGAAAGAGGAAUUGUUUAGGAAUUGGAAGAAAAAAGAAGGUUUCACAGAAUGAGGCUGUGAAUCAGUGAGAUGGAUGCUAACACUAAGAAGCUGAGAAUUAAAGGUUCUCAAGCAUUUCUGUAGCUUGGACCUCAUCUUAAUGCAAGGAACUGUCUUUCAAACCUGUACAGAAACCAAAUUCUCCAGUUCUUUGGUGUUGGCAGAAAAAUACAAUCAGUGCUGUAGCUAAGGUGAUUAUGAACCUGGAGAAAUGAGGUUGGGAGAGUAUGUGCAGUGGUCCCUGAGUCUUUGAAUGUUACUUAGCAACUGCUAAGGAAGAGUCAGCAGGGUAUGACAAGCCAGGCAUCCAGAGACCACCAGUAAAUGCUGUAUAGGCAGAAUAUAAGGUAACUAUUGGUAUAGGCAUUUUUUUUUUUUAAUUACUUUCUUUAAAGUAAGACAAACAAAGACUGAUAGUGACAUUCUUACUUCUUCACAACCUAGAUACAGGGCCUGGUAAGUAGGACUUAGAAACAAGUAAGAUCUGUAAAAAUUUUAAAGUAAAAUAUGCCUAUUUUAUUUCUUAUUUUCCCCUCUCCACCUCUUCUUGUUUUCCCUGUUCUAGGCUUGGUGUUGUCCUCUUUGGUCUUCCUACAGGCAAUUUACUGCCCCUUCGCUUGCCCAUCUAAAAUAUGCAGUUUCCUGUAUAUUCCAUAUACCACAGGUCUGCACACUCUGACCAUGAACAGCAAUUCCUCCCUCAGCAAUGGGAAAGGCCUGAGGAACCUGACCACGGAGGAAGAUGGGGCAGUCAGAGUCACCGAAUCCAUUGCUAUAAUUGUCAUUGCCAUCUUCAUCUGUUUGGGCAACUUGGUGAUUGUUGUCACUCUGUAUCGCAAGUCAUACCUUCUCACCUUGAGCAACAAGUUUGUGUUCAGCCUGACCCUCUCCAACUUUCUACUCUCUGUGCUGGUGCUGCCUUUUGUUGUCACCAGCUCCAUCAGGCGAGAAUGGAUCUUCGGGGUUGUUUGGUGCAAUUUCUCUGCCCUGCUCUACAUGCUGAUCAGCUCAGCCAGCAUGCUCACUCUGGGACUCAUAGCUAUAGACAGGUACUACGCUGUGCUGUACCCGAUGGUUUAUCCGAUGAAGAUAACGGGCAACAGAGCAGUGGUAGCUCUUGUGUACGUGUGGCUGCAUUCCCUUAUUGGCUGCCUCCCUCCCCUUUUCGGCUGGUCCUCCUUGGAGUUUGACCAAUUCAAGUGGAUGUGUGUGGCAGCCUGGCACAAGGAGGCUGCCUACACGGCCUUUUGGCAGAUCUGGUGCGCGCUGCUGCCGUUCGUGGUCAUGAUGAUCUGCUAUGGAUUCAUAUUCCGUGUGGCAAGGAUUAAGGCCCGCAAAAUCCACUGUGGGAGUGUUGUCAUUGUGGAGGAGGACUCACAGAGGAACGGGAGGAAGAACUCCAGCACCUCCACGUCCUCCUCUGGCAGCCGAAGGAACGCUUUCCAAGGGGUUGUUUACUCCGCCAACCAGUGCAAAGCUUUCAUAACCAUCUUGGUUGUCAUUGGAGCUUUCGUCAUUACGUGGGGACCUUACAUGGUGGUAAUAACAUCAGAGGCACUUUGGGGUAAAAACAGUAUUUCCCCUGCUUUGGAAACAUUGGCUACAUGGCUGUCCUUUUCCAGUGCCAUUUGCCAUCCGCUAAUCUAUGGGCUGUGGAACAAAACAGUGCGCAAGGAACUCCUGGGGAUGUGCUUUGGGGAUCGGUAUUACCGCAAGUCCUUUGUUCAGCGGCACAGGACAUCGAGGCUCUUUAGCAUUUCCAACAGGAUCACAGAUUUGGGACUAUCUCCUCACCUUACUGCCCUCAUGGCAGGUGGGAGGCCACUGGGAAACAGCAGCAGCACAGGAGACACAGGUUUCAGCUGCUCACAGGAUUCAGGAACAGAUACAAUGCUUCUUGAAGAUUAUAGCUCAGAUGGCCCUCAUGCCCCACAUUGCGUCUGUCCCCCUCGAAGGAGGAGUUCAGUGACAUUUGAAGAUGAGGUGGAACAAAUUAAAGAAGCUGCAAAGAAUUCUGUUCUUCAUGUAAAAGCUGAAGUCCAUAAAUCUCUGGACAGCUAUGCAGCCAGCCUGGCCCGAGCUAUAGAAGCUGAUGUGAAACUCAGCCUGUUUGGGGAAGAUGCUUUACCAGGAGCCCUGUUCCCCUUGUGGACUCCUGCAGGAAGCAGUGGGAAUGCCCGGCGUGGUGCCAGGCCCCAUGCCAGCCAAAGACUGAAGUUGCAGAGCAUCGAUGAAGGGAACAUUUGACACAAGCACUGGAGUAGGAAAACAGAAUGAAACCACUAAGCAGGGCCUACUGCAACUGGUAGUGUUUCACCAGAACCAGGAUACCUUGUUGAGACGUUUCCAGUGUUUUUUCAACACCUGGAAACAGCUGGAUUCUGGUACUUGCAUCAGCAUUUUGCAGCAGUGUUUGUUUACUGGUUAGGGUGCUACUGACUCUUCUGCCACAUCACUAUCACACAGUGCAUAGGAAUGCAGGGCUUGGUUUCACUGACCAGAUGGUUAGUCAGUUGAAUCUUUGGUCCAUUAUUGGCCAAAGCUAAUACAGGAACAAAACAGAUACAGGAACAUAUGCAGUGUUUAAUUCAUUGUUACAUCCAUCCUGUUCUGACCACCAGGAUAAUUGGUUGACACUUGAUAGCUGGAGUGCUCUGAUAGGAGCUUGUGCAUUGGAUAGUACAUAAAGCCUUACUGCCUCAGGCUCCCAGCUGAGGAACUUCAGUAAGGGCAAAACCUGACCUUUUAAGAGAGCUCAUGCAGAUUGUAGGUACUUACCUUUGCUGGGGGAUAUUUCAGUUUGUUCAGCCAUCAGAAUGCCAGAUCUGACAUUGGACUGCGCUUUGCUUCAGAGGCAUGGGACACCAGCUCCUCUGGAUGUAAUGAAUGGGAGUAAACGUGCUGGGAACAGCACGGAGAUGAGAUUUGAGGAAAUUAUUAGUGCAGAAUUCUUAGUUUCUCUGAGAACUUCAGCUCAUGUCCCUGGUUUUGCUGUUAUUUAAAGGGCACUCUGUGGCUGUGCUAAGCUUGACAAUAUAAAUAUUACCACUUCAUAUUCAGGAUUCAUCUUCUAGAGAGAAGAAUAUUAGCUGGGUUGGUUUUUUUUAAUCAUGAGGGAAUGUAUUUAAGCUGUAGUUACCUCAGUGCUUCUAUUUCUUGGAGUAUUAAUUCAUUAAUCUCAAAAAUAAGAACAUUUGGCACUUAUAUUGCACUUUGCAUGUUCUUAAGCACUGUACAGACAUUACCUUGUUAGGCCUUUGUGAGAGGGUUGGUCAGCCCUGCUGCCAAAGAAGGGGAACUCAGCACAGCCAAGCUGCUGGCAGUGAAACAAGAUGCAAAGGUGGGAAGUUCUGUAAGGAAAAGAGGGAUGAGAAUAUAUCCAGCUUGAGGAACCUUUCUGUGCCUUCCUGGGCUACCCCUUCCUUACUUUGGGGGGGUUAAAGCCCUGCCUUACCGUGUAUUUCAAAGAGAGGGAGACAUAAGUGAGCAGGAUAAUUCCUUGAGGAAAUGUGUGUCAGUAGCAAAUGGAAUUAAGGACCAAGAAUUUGCAUUUGUUUACUCAGUGUCUGCUCCCCUCUGCCUCUACCUUUCCCAGAAGUGCUUUGUAUGAGGUUUUGCUGCAGACUGGAAAUCAGGAGCAGGAUGUUUCCAUAUGGGUAAAAACAGGGUGUAUGCUCAUUAAGUUUUGUCGUUGUGUGACUUUAUUCAGAGGCACAGAAACAAAAUGUUGUGAGGCAGAAAGGCAGAACCUUGGUCCAGUACUGUAUUUAGACAUCCUAUUUGUCUGUGUUCCCGACUCAGAGAUGUAUUUCAGCACAAGCUUAUGUCCAUCUCUGGACAAAGCAACUUGACUUUCUGAACUAGCCUGAAUCUCAUUGUGUUCCCAUGUAAAAUAUAGCUGCAUGCUUAAAAUUCA